UCUUCGCCCAAGCGCCGCAGUUGGCCCGGCACCAGCGUUUCGUCCACCGCUCGGAACGGCGACAUCCGUGCCCGACGUGCGGGAAACUCUUCAAGAAACGUUCCCACCUACGGAACCACGUCCUGACUCACACGGGAGAACGGCCUUUCCGUUGCACGGAAUGCGGGAAGAGCUUCAAUUCCCGAGCCAACCUCCUACGGCACCGCUUGACCCACACCGGCGAACGACCCUACGCCUGUGACCUUUGCCCCAAACGCUUCACCCAAUCGUCCACCCUCCGG